AAAAAGCGAGCGAAAAAUGCUAUUGCUGGUUUCGAUACCUAUUAUACCAUCCUACUCUAUGCCUAUUAGAGGUCCUCAUGAAAAAAUUUAGAUUGAGAAAUGUUUCCAUCAAAGCAUGUUGCAAGAGUAAGACUCCUUUACAAGUUAAUAUUUCGGGUGCAUCGUGCAUUGCCUGGCGAGUUACGUUUACUAGGUGAUAAUUAUGCCAGAGAAGAGUUCAAACGACACAAAAACUGUACUCCUGUUGAAGCCAAGAUAUUUCUGACGGAAUGGACUGAUUAUGCAAUUAAUUUGGCGAAGCAAACAAAACCCCUGCAUCAGGCAAAGAAGAAGUCCGUUGGUAAAUAUCUCGAGCCUAAAAUGUUGGAUUAUAUGAGUGAUGAACAGUUGGUGCAGUUGUAUGAACUACACAGGGCAGCCUCCUUAGAUGCUGAGGAUGAUUCUAAAGAGAAACAAAUAUUGAAUGUUAAAGACAAUGAUAAUAAUAGAUAAUAUUUUUUUUAAAUCUUAAAAAUAAACAAGAUUAGUCAAAUUUGUCAGUUCUAGACUAUUUUUGAGUCUCUAGUAUCUCAAGAACUAACUUUGAAGAAUGUCUGCUAUCCAUACUAAUAUAAUAUUAUAAAUGCGAAAGUGUGUCUGUCUCUGCUACGUUUUCACGGCCCAACCACUGAACCGAUUUUAAUGAAAUUUUUUUUAAUGAAAAGAUACUAUAUCAUAGUAAUUAAUAAUUCUAAUUAGGUUAGGUUCAUAGGUGUUUCUUUUGAAUGUUUUAUUCUGUAGGGUGAUUGUUAGGCAAAUUAGAUAUAAGAUUUUUUUUUAAGACGUAAGUACCUAUGUUUUACACUAGCGAAUCAGGCACUAUCCCGUAAGACUAGAUGUAUAAGUGUUGAAAAAAAAAAAUAUAUAAUAUGUAUUUCCUAACUGAAUUUCCUAUGUGUUUUUAAUACACAUUUGUGAAUGGUUGGUGACUCAAAAUGGGUAAGAGAUUUUUGGCUAUAUAUUUCUAUGGUAUUAAUUAUGUAAUAGAGAGUGUUAUUCCUAGUAACUUUCUGUGGAUAGGGUAUAGUUUUGAACUCAUCUCGACAGGUGCAUAGUAUAGUUUGUAAGUUGUGACCACAACAAUCAGUCAAAUGUAGAUCCUAGAGCGAGGCACAAUUCGCACUUAGCCAAUUUUUUCUUUAUUUUAAGUAGUUUGAAUCUAGUCAUAUUGAAUUAAGUAAGCUGAUGAAAUAAAUCGGUUUUUUUUGGAUUA